GGGGAUGGCCUCCGACCGGCUCCUUUUGGGCGCCAUCUUGUGACCCGGGGCGGCUGUCGCCGCCGCCUCCUCCUCCUCUUCCUUCAGCCUUCCUUCGCCCGAGAGAGGGAGCUGAGGAGGCCGCCGCCAGUCGCAGCCCCAGCCGGUGGUUUGAAAGGGAGAGGCGGCUGCUGUUGCUGGAGGAGGACACCGACCUGCUGGACUUCUCAAGCCGGUAACAGCCGGCCCAGAAAGAACCUAAGGAUGAGGUGUGAGCUUCAGAGCUGUCACCGAAAAGUCUAAAUUACGCAGCCCUACAAACCUCAAGGAAGGAAGGCAUACUUACAGCGCCAUGGCAAGUUGAUGGCUCUCUUGUUUCAACCCAAAGCUGCCUUUCAACCAAAAUGAGAAGGAGCAACGCACAACGUAAAUGCAGGAUGUUGUUUCCAGACAACUGAAGUGUGAAGCAAACCUCAUGAAUUUCAACCACCGAGAUUCAGAGAGUAUCAUUGAGGUCUGCCCUAAUGACGAUCUCCCUGAAGUCGAGCUGGUGAGCAUGCUAGAAGAACAACUGCCUCAAUACAAGUUACGAGUGGACUCUUUAUAUCUCUCUGAAAAUGAAGACUGGGCCGAGUCUCCAAGCCACCAUGGCCACCUCUCCGAAAUCACAUCUCCAGUCCUGGCCGAGGAGACCUUCCGUUACAUGAUUCUUGGCACCGACAGCCGAGAGCAGGUGAUGAAAAGCUGCAACGAUGUGGAAGUGGUUACUCAUCUGCUGGCAGAGAGAGAUCGGGACCUGGAGUUGGCGGCUCGAAUUGGACAAGCCCUCCUGAAGCGAAACCAUAUGCUGGCAGAGCAAAAUGAAGCUCUGGAAGAGCAACUGGGCCAAGCGUUUGACAAGGUUCACCAACUGCAACACGAGUUGACAAAGAAAGACGAGCUGCUUCGGGUUGUGUCCAUUGCUUCCGAAGAAAGUGAGACCGACUCUAGCUGUUCCACACCCCUCCGCUUCAACGAAUCUUUCCACUUGUCUCAGGGACUCUUGCAGUUGGACAUGCUGCAGGACAAACUCAGGGAAAUGGAGGAAGAGAACCUGGCUCUUCGAACAAAGGCCUGCCAUUUGAAGACCGAAACCAUAAGCUACGAGGAGAAGGAACAGCAGCUGGUCAGCGACUGUGUCAAAGAGAUCCGGGAAACGAAUGCUCAGAUUGUCCGGAUGAGCGAGGAGUUGGCCGCGAAGAACGAAGAGCUACUCCAUUAUCAGGAAGAGAUCUCCUCCCUCUUGGCCCAGAUUGUGGAUCUUCAGCAUAAGAUCAAAGAGCAUGUCAUUGAAAAGGAAGAGCUGAAACUUCACCUGCAGGCUUCCAAAGAUGCACAGAGGCAGCUGACAGCAGAGCUGCACGACUUACAAGAGCGGAACGCGGAAUGCCUGGGGAUGUUCCACGAAUCGCAGGAAGAAUUGAAAGCGCUGCGCAGCAAAGCCGGCCCUGCCGCUCUUCUCUGCCACCCACAGUCAUGCGGAGCAUUUCCUGGGGAAUCUUUGGCAGUAGAGAUCAGGGGCACAAUGCAGAAAGAGCUCAGUUUGGAUGAGGAAUCCAUCUCGAAACAAAAGAUCCAACAGAAGCGCGUAUUCGACACGGUCAGAGCCGCCAACGACACCCGCGGCCGUCCUGCCCCACUGCCCAUCCCGGGGUCGAACCGUUCCAGUGUCGUCAUGACAUCAAAGCCCUUUCGCUCUGGCUUGCCGCUGGCCGAAGGAGAGGCGUGUCCCGCUCAGAGGAGGAGCCCGGAGAGCGUUACCAGGGAGGAUCCCAAGGCAGGCCAGCCUGUCGUCCCUGGAGAAGAUGACGUAGCCACCGCCCUACACAGGCUUAACCUCCGUCGGCAGAACUACUUGAGCGAAAAGCAGUUCUUCGAAGAGGAAUGGGAGCGAAGGAUGCAUCUGCUGGCCGAUCAGAAGGAAGCGCUCGCCUGCUGCAGCACGCUGGCCGAGAGCUGCGUUUCAUUGGGGAGCGGUUUGGAAUUCACCGACUCCUCCGCCAGCUCCAGCAGCAUCCGCAGCCUCCUUCCCGAAAAACUGCAGAUCGUCAAACCGCUCGAAGGCUCUCAGACUCUCUUCCACUGGCAGCAGCUAGCCCAGCCCAACCUGGGCACAAUCCUGGACCCUCGGCCCGGCGUGGUCACCAAAGGCUUCACACCGUUGUCUCAGGACGAUGUCUAUCACCUGUCUGACCUGGAGGAAGACGAGGAAGAAAAAGAUGAAGGCAUAACCUUCCGAGUGCAGCUGUCUCCUUCGGAGGAGAGGCAACCCACAGAGCCUACGUCAGUGGCAGGGAUCUUCCUGCCCCCAAUUAAAUUAGCAACAGCACCCCCGUCAGCUUCCAACCCAGGAAAAUGCCUGUCAUCUACGAACUCCACGUUUACUUUUACCACCUGUAGGAUCCUCCAUCCAUCUGAUGUCACACAGGUUACCCCCAGCGCUUCGUAUGGCUCUCAGUGCUCUGGCAGUAACUGUAGCAUGAGCAACACAGUCACAAACUCGCCGGCCAUGUCGUAUAGGCUCAGUAUUGGAGAAUUCCUCACUAACAGAGGAGACUCGACUACCACUUUCAGCAGCAGCACGGGUUUAGCUCAACUUCUGCAAGAAAAAGGCAUCUCGGCCAAGGCCUACAACAGCCCGGUCUUGGAGAAACCGCCCCUGCUUCAGUCCUUCAAGACGCUCGCUGUCCCCACCACACCACCAAAUUCACCUUUGCACUCUCCUUGCCCUUCCCCCCUGCCAUUCGAGCCUCGAACGAACGCGUCCGAAAACUUCUUAGCCUCUCGGCCGGCCGAAACGUUAUUGCAGGAGAUGUAUGGGCAGAAAUCCUCCAACCCUCCUGACGUCGGGCAGCUGAAGAUGAACCUGGUGGAGAGGCUAAAGAAGCUGGGCAUCGCCAGAGCCGUCAAACACCCCGAGGCGGGGGACCAUAAAACGAGUCCAGGGGCGAAAGCCGGCCUGCUGCGACAGGACUCGGUCGUGUACAUCAGCACAGGAAGCCAUCUGAUGGCCGGGCUGAGAAGAAACCACAGCCUUCCUGUCUUGCUCGGGGCACUUGGGGGACCCUUGGGCCUGUCCUCGUCCAAAAUGGGGGUCCUGAAUGAGGACUGAGGGGUUUGGCACGAUGGGCUUUUCGUUGGAAAAGCGUAGGGACUCUGAGAUGCAAACCAUGAUGGUCGAAAGGAUGUGGAAGAAGAGUCAGUGUGGGAUUACAGGUGCAUGUCGAAAAGAGGAAACGGUGGGUGGGAGGGAGCAGAGAGUCCGCCUGGGGUAUGGAAAAGAAGACAAGGAGGAAACCAAAGGUUCAGUCUUGAGGCCGCUGAAAUCUCCACUACUCUUCUCUCUCAAACGAGAGGAGGCAGCUGAAAUCAUUCUGCGCUAUUCCACACAUGGAAUAGUGUAAAUAUCUGCAUAAGUCCUUUUGCCGAGUGUAUUCCCACCCCCAGGUUUGUUGGAAAGGUCCUAUCACAUAAAUGCAGUUUGAGAAAGAGAGGCCAAAAUAGUCCGUCAGAUACUGAACAAGGGAAGUGUUCCAUCCGGAUCGGUACUUUUCAGUUUCUCAAUAAUCUGAAGCUUCCUCUAAAAAGGCAAAGUGUCACAAACGCUGCAAAGAAUCUCCCUAAUGUCCAAGAGCGCAGAAUUCUAGGGCCCAUUCUCCUGUUUUUGCACAGAACGCUCAGGCAAAUAUUUACAAUGCAAAAGGGAAUAACUAUCCAUGUUUGAUUCGGGGUUUAUAUUUGACUUGAGCCGGAGUGUAGAUUUAACGGACAAAGACUGUGAGGCAUUCAGCAUCUGCCUCUGUUUGGGAAAUGCUUCUAAUUUAUAAAAUGCUCCAGCUAUAAAAUAGUCCUGCAGUAAUCCAUUGGAUUCAGCCUCACAGUUAGUUCUGUGGAGUGAGUGAUGAGAGAGGAACUCUGGUCUGGGAACAUCUGUUUUACAGAACAGACGCGGACCAUAUUCAUGCGAUUCAGAACACGUUACUUGAGAGAUCAGGCUGUUUUUUCCCCCUCCUGAUUUCUUGGAAGGCUUCUGUUAUCCUUCAAGGAAUGUGCGUCUUCUGGCAAUUACAGAGCAGAGCUUCAGUUUCUAAUACAGAACAAGAUGGCAGCCGUCUUUGAAUCUGCUGUAGCUGCAAAUAUUGGCACGAGUGAAAGAGAAGCCUUCCUUCCCUGAAAAGAAAGGUUCUUGAGCUUCUGAAUUAACCAGUUGGGGGGCAGGAGAGGGUAGCAACUUAGUCUUUCUCAAGGUGGCUUUGGAAGCGACGUGGAAGUCCGAGAGAGCGAAAGAAAAGCACAAGUGGGUUUCUGCCUUCUGCUUUGACGGCGUGCUUGAAGUGGGAACUUGCAACGCACGGCUCCUACACACAUCUUAACACAGCAUCUCUCCCCAGCGUGUGAGAGUGCUCCAAUAUCAUGACGUGCUUGCAACGGGCACCGGCAUAGAAUUAAAGUUCAUGCUCAAGUUUAGCUAAAGCACACGAGGCCGUCGCGGGCGGCACAUCCCAACCUAUACGGGGGUGGGGUGGGGGGGAGUCUGUAUGGUUUGAAAAUGAAGCACAAACAGUAGGCGUGAGACUUCGCAAGAGAUCAUUCCACACACGAGCUCUAGUUACUGCGAGAUGUUUCAGAAAGCUCUGAAUUGAUUACCUAGGAACAUACCAUUACUCCGUACGUGGCUGAGUACCGGCAACACGACCCAACCAAUCCCCUCGGCAUUCUAGCCGGGGCCUUUUUAAUAUAUAUUUUUAAAAGCAUAAGUUUCUAAACAUGCCAAACCAGCUGCACAUAGUGAACGGUACAAAUGUAUUUAUUACAAACGACUAUAUACGGGUUAACUCUUGUUUUAAAUUGUAAGCAUAUUCAGAGAUUUUGAAGGCUUUCAGUGUGUAUUUUGUUUUGUGUCGUACAAAACCCAGCCGCCUUUGGCAAGACGAACAAAGGGGAAUCUUUGUUUACCGUCGCUUUCCAUUCAGCUUGGAGCCCAGCUGCUGCUGCUGUCUUUUUACGAUUCUAGGGAAAGAUCAGGUGAUAAAACUGUUAACGUUUAUCCAAGGCAGCCAGAAAUACUUAAGAGAGGUGUGGAAAAGCACAACGUUUGAGCUGUCAUCAAAUAUGUGUAUGUCUGAUUUAUUGCAGUGAGUAAAUUCCUGAUGCAUUCUUUAAAAAAAAAAUUGGAAUGAAUGUGGGUUUCUAACUGGCUUUGUAAUUACAUCUGCUUUUUAACUACCUGUAUUUACCACCAGCAGAGGAAUGAGAACUUGUAAGCCUAGACUUCUUUCUGCGGACCAUAUUCAUGUUAAAAUCAGUUUUAUAAGUAUACUCAGUAAAUGCACGUUCAUAUA